UACGUGUAUGAUAGGUCUAUGUAGGCGACGUGUGGGCAAAGCGUAGCCUCUCUGGCCUCUGUGACCUGGAAACAUCAUAAUCAUACCGAGGAAACAUCACACCACCAAGAGAUGUUCAGAAUGCGAAAGUGUGUUUUACUGCAGUAGUUGCGAUGGCUGAAAGUGUCAAAAGCAGCGUUGGAAGUUGUGCAUGCUGUAAAUCCACCGAGAAUCUUAAGAGAUGUUCAAAAUGCAAAAGUGUGUUUUACUGCAGUAGGGAGCACCAACUGCAAGACUGGAAAAAGCACAAGCGAUAUUGCAAGAAAAUCUCAUCUCAAGAGUCCACGUGCAUGGUUGAUGAUGGCGCUCACGCGCAACUUGGCAACGUGAGUGCUGCUGCUGAACAAGAGCAUGAUAAACACUGGGUCAUCAAAGGGGCAAAUGUUCCAAAUCACUCAGGCUCUGUGAAUACUAAUAGCAAAUGUUACUCAAGUCGUGACGUUGUGAAGAGUGCAGACAGUAAAACCUCGACAGCGAAUCCCGUGAAAUUCUCAAAGAACAACACAAAUGAAAAGAAGAAAUUGUCAUCCCAGAGGGAGCAGGUGGGACUUAAAGUUAAACAUGACAAGGAUGGGACCCAGCAAAAUGGUUCCAAAUCAUCGACCCAUUUUGACUCUCGGCCUUUCAUCCAGAUGGACUUCCCACUCCCUGAAUCAAGAGAUAGAGAUGCAAUGGCCAGACAUACCACUGUCCAUCUGCAGAGGAACGGUUACUGUGUUUUAGACAGCUUCCUUGCAUCCGAAAGCAGCCGCAGCAUCCUCCGAGAAGUAAAAUCCAUCCAAGACAGUGGUGUUCUGAUUGAUGGCCCAUUGAGUGGUGGGCGCACAAGCAGCGAAAAAUCCCAGAAAUUCAUAGAGAAAGCCAUACGGGGCGAUAAGAUCACGUGGCUCCAGGGUAACGAAGCUUGCUACCCCAGCAUCAGCGCUUUGGCUUCACGAAUGGAUGAACUGAUACAGAGACUGAAUUACUAUCUUCAGGACCAGUAUGUAAUCAGUGGAAGAACCAAGGCCAUGGUUGCAUGUUACCCCGGCAACGGAGCUGGCUAUGCCUGUCAUGUGGACAAUCCCAAUCGCGAUGGACGAUGCAUCACCUGUCUCUAUUACCUCAAUGACAAUUGGGAUGUCGAGAAACAAGGCGGCUUGUUGAGGCUCUUCCCCGUGUCUGGAGGCUAUGUGGAUGUCGAGCCUCUCCUGAAUCGCUUGCUUCUCUUCUGGUCAGACCGCCGCAACCCGCAUGAGGUGCAGCCAGCUUUUGAUAAGAGGUAUGCUAUCACCAUAUGGUACUUUGAUAAAAAGGAGCGUGAAGAAGCAAAGAUGGCCCAGUUGAAUGAAGACAUGAGUAAGCUACGUGGAGAGGUGUGUUUGCCCGAUGUCAAGUCGCAGAAAGAGAGGCAAGACCGCAUUGAGCAGGAGAUCCAGGAGACAUCGAGCAAAGCCGUGGCCGGCCUGUCCCAUUUGGAAUUACAGGGACUGUCAGCCAUGCUAGAGGGGCAGCCAGACCCGCGAGCUGUCCUGACUCAGCUGGGGGUGGCACCCACCAUACAGGACGCCCUCUUGAGGCAGCUGAAGGAGAUGAAGUCAUCCGGGGACAGCUAAUGUGGGUAUACACCGGUAGCAGCUACUUAUGGAUGGUUAUUUGUGUGUGAAGAGGCACUCUGAAAUAUAUGUGCAUAUUUUCUUGUAGGUAAAAAGAUUUAUCAAAAGUUUCCUGGUAGCUGAAUAUUGCUUUAUCGUUUUUGACCAUUUCUAUAAAUUGCACAUACAUGCCAACCAACCUAACAACAUAAUUCACAAGACAACAAGGCGUCCUUGGAGUUCACGGCCUUUAAGAGAAUCCCUCACAAUGUAAACCAGUGUGUAGCCUCAACACUUUUUGUCCCUUGUCAUUGAGAUGCCAAGUUGAAUGAUACACAUUGCUCUACCUUAUGCAAACUAAAACCACUCUUUGUAUAUACAUAUACAUGUAUUUAUUCAAUCGCAUAAUUAUUUGAGCUGCAACUUUGCUUUUCUCCUCCAUAAUUCAAUAUGGUUUCCACAUACUCCUUUUAUUAGUUAUUGUUUCACAACUUGUAACCCAGGAUCCAUGCUGCAGCUGCAUGGUUGCAACAUAUGUCUCUGUGUAGGAAUAUGCUGAGAACCCUUAUUAGCUGACAGUAAUCUCUUAGUACAUGUGUUUUGCAGACUUUCAGAUUUUCAGACUUAGAUCAGUAACAUGUAUUUACAUGUAGCUUUGACAUCUGUUAAUUUGACAGAAAACCUUCAAACACUGUUAUCAAAUCUUCACUGCAACUGUGUGUCUUUGUACUGAUGACCUGCAUCACAACCAUUGUCUUUUCCACUACAUUUCUGUAUUCUGCCCCGAAUCCUACAAAAAUGUUCAAUUAUGUAAGGCAUGGCGUCAUUCCAUUUGAAGUGUAAAAGAUUGAAAUUUAUAUGGUAUUCUUUUCACUCAAAUAUUUGUUCACUGCAUGACUAAAAAAGGAUCUGCAGGAGUUUUUUAUUGUAAAUGUUAAUAUUAUUAUAUUCAUGUAAAAUUGUAAUGCUGGCUUGCAAAAGACAUUAUACACAUUUUAUUUGAUGUCAUUCAGUUAUCAGUAUUCAGUAAAUAGCCACAUUGUUAUUUAGAGCACACCAGAAUGAAGGUAAAAUUGUGUGGAAAGAAGAUGUUGUAUUUUCAGCAACUUGAGUUAGGGUUUCAGUGAGGGCUUCAGUGAGGGCUUCAGUGAGGGCUUCAGUGAGGGUUUCAGUGAGGGCUUCCUUGAGGGCUUUUUUUCACAAAGAAAAACAGGAUUGACCCCAAUGUUAUCAUUGGAGUACAUUCAGCUUUUGAGUGUCAUUAAUUUCAUCAUUACUUAUGUUGCAUUACCGGCUGUACAUAAUUUCAUUGUUUUUCAAUCACUUUGAAUUGCUGAAGUGUUUCACUCAGUACAUACGCUGCAGAUGUAUGUAUCUGCUGUAACAUUGGUUUUGUGACCGCUGCUGAGCUCCAUCGCACAUUGUAUGAAUUAGAUCCCUUUAUUUCCUUAUUUUAUGACUAGAAUUGACUGAUGCAUACGUCCAAGUUGAAGUGUUUCAACUCUUAUUUAUUCAUGACAAUUGCAAAUUCCUUCUUGUGGAAAUGUUUUCACCUCUCCCAUUGUACAGAAUGUGAAAUGCCUGUGCACUGUUUGAAAUGCCAAGAGUUAUUGUGUCAAAGCAAACACUUCAUGUAAUUUUUUUUCUUAUUUCUAUUGCCAGAUGAAUAAUUAGCAUUGUAUUCAGGACAUGUCAGUGAGCCGAAACAGAGUGGUUGUUGGUCGUUGGAUGUAUCUCAUAUUGUAAGGCUGAGUCUAUUCGAAUAAUUCACUAAUCGAAUAUUUGACCUUCAUUUUGAUCGAAUAUCCAAAUAUUCGGUCUUAACGACCGGCAGAUUGUUGAAGAUUAAACCAUAUUUACAUAUUGUGAUUAACAUACUGUAAAUCUUUUGAGUCAAUCCCUACUCUCUCUUGAAAGGUAUUUUAGAGGGUUAUUAAAGUGCUUUCCAGAUCA